AUGCGAUUCUCAGCUGCUGUUGCCGUUGCGGCCCUUGCUGCCGGCUCUGCUGCUGCUGCCACUCCUGGCUGCCCAUAUGCUAAGCGUGCUGCUGGGGCCAAUGCUGCUCCAGCAUGCCCUUAUGCCAAGCGUGCUGCUGAAGCUGCCGCUGCACCAAAUGCUAACCCUAUCUCUCGCCGUGCAGCGAUUGAGGGUAAAAAGGGUAUCUUUUAUAUGAACCGUAUUGGACCAUCUGGCUCACAACUGUGGAUUUCCAAUGCUGAUGGUACCAACCAGACCAAGUUGUUGGGUGACCAGACCAAUGCUUUUGAUUACCACCCUAGUUGGUCACCAGAUGGCGAGUGGAUUGUCUUCACUGGCGAGCGUCGUGGAGCUGGACAAUCUGAUCUUUACCGUGUAAAGAUUGAUGGUACAGGGUUGGAGACUCUUGCCGAUACUUCCUCUGUUGAGGAUAACGGUGCAUUGUCCCCCGAUGGCAAGUCAGUUGUCUAUGUCUCCACUCAGGGCAACUUUACCGCCAACGUCUGGAUCAAGGACCUUGAUACUGGCAUUGCUCGUAAUCUGACCGACACUGCUUCUACACGUAGCAGCUCCAUCUGGCCCUCUGGCCACUUCCGCCCUUCAUGGUCCCCCAGCGGAGAGUGGAUUGCCUUCAGCUCUGACCGUGACACUGACUGGACUGGUCACUCUGAUGGCACUGGCUGGGAGCAUACUCAGACCCUGGGUAUCUAUGUCAUUCGCCCAGAUGGCACAGGCUUCCGUCAAGUGGCUUUUGAAGAUGAUUACGCCCUAGGAACCCCGCAGUGGUCCGGUGAUGGAAAGCGAAUCAUCUAUAACAACAUCACUCGCGAGAACACCUACUAUGCUCACGGUGUCUCCGAAGAACAGGAAGUUAUUGAGUCUCAGAUCUACAGUGUCGACUUUGCCACCGGCAAGAACAUUGUUGCUCACACCUCAGGCGCCUACCCUAAGUUUGGUCAACACUACGUGGCCAACUCGAGCAACAUCGGCUACUUCAUCAAGGCUGGUGAUCUCGAGGGUGUGCACUACACUAAGACUGACUCUACUCACAAAGCUUUCAACUUGACCUACCUCCGUGACCCCUCAUGGUCCCCCGAUGGAUCUAAGAUCGUCUACGCCAUUCCCAGCUGGACCCAGCAGGCUGCUGAGCUAGAGCUGUGGAGCUUCGACGAUGACUGGGAGUACCGCUACAUGGAUGUUUUCCCUAUGCACAACGAGGUAGUCAACCGUCUCGCUACCACUCAGAAGGUUCUCGGUGGUGCCAACGGCUCCAUGGUGUCGUCCGACCCACUAUACAACGACGUCGUCACUGCGCUGAACUCCUACUCUGUCUACUCGACCAGCAAUACCACUGAAGUUAUCUUGCUCGAGGAGGGCGAGUCCGGUGCUUUCCAGCCUACUUGGAGCCCCGAUGGUACCGAGCUCAUCGUUGGCUUCGGUGGUUGGUUCGCUGAUCGUACCACCGUCUCCGCGGCUAUCUACCGUGCCACUGCCAACGGUAGCACUUUCACUAACCUGACCGAGGUCUCUUACACCAAGAAUGACGGUUUCCCAUCAUACUCUCCUGAUGGAACCGCCUACGUUUACCGUCGCUGGGAUAUGGAGAGCGGUGCCCCAUUGGGUCUGCACAUCCAUAACUUCACUACUGGCGAGACCAGCCAACUCACUGAUGGUUGGGACAACACUCCUGGCUGGUCCCCCGAUGGCGAGCGCAUUGUGUUCACCCGUAACAACAACUACACCACUUCCUACGGUGAUCGUUGGUACGAUGACCGCUUCGAUAUCUACACCAUUCAUCCCGAUGGCUCAGAGCUUACCCGUGUUACGGAUAGUUUGGCCAACGAUGCUCACGCUGUUUGGUCCAAGGAUGGCCGUAUCAUGUGGAGCACUGGUAUGUACGGCUUCAAGGAUGAGAGCUCUCUCUUCGACAACACCUUCCAGCCUUAUGGCCAGAUCAUGAUCAUGAACUACGACGGUACCAACAAGACUCUUCUCACUGAUACCAUUUGGGAGGAUUCUAUGCCCCUGUACCUUCUUAACGAAUGGCUUGAGUAG